ACUCGAUUAUAUAAUACAAGCUAAUCGAUAAGAAAGCGCGAUCGCGUCUCGCGUCGACAAACCGCGACUGCACCUUCCCUCCCAACCAAUUCACUACAUUAUCGUCUCGCCCACUGACCAUAUACUCUCAUACCCUUAUCGCGGCUACACAUCACCACUAUGCUCGCCACCAGCACCUUCUACCCACAACAUCACUACAUGCCACCGCGGCCCUCGCCACUAUCUGAGCGCUCCGCCAAUGCGGCUCCGCGGCCGUUCCAUUUCAGCAUGCCUGACCCAGCGCAGAGCGCACAGAAACUCACGGCGCCGCAUCGGUCCUACAAGCCGAAUCCGAUCAUCCAGACGCGUGAUACCGCGACGAAGCGGAGACGCGACAUGUUUUUUAAGCGAGUGCAAAAAGGCCGGGACGACAAGAAGUGGGAUUCGAGGGGCGAGCAAAUUCAACGUCUAGACCACAUCUCCGAGCAGAAGCGCUGGGAGGCUGAGAAAGCGCGUCAGGCGCCGCAAAUCCACGACGACAGAAUCGAGGAGGAGAUGGAGGAGCUUGCAUCGUUGCCGGCGCAGGAGAUGGAUGAAGCGGACUACGUGCUCGCGCAGGAGGAGCGCGAGAUGCAGGAGUUGAUCGCGUCGAUGGAGGAGCAAGACGCGUCGCAACACUAUGGCAGCGAUGACGAGGACUAUGAUCUGCUAUUUAUAGAAUACACGGACGUGUCGGCUUUGCAACAGCAUCAUCAGCAGCGGCAG